GCUCCGUGGUGUUCGCGGCGAACGAUAAGCAUUCACGACUGCACGCAUUUACGGGUCUUUUUGUGGACGCCGCAACUCGCGGACUCCGACGCUGAGCUUCUCAGGCGCGCGCGAAUAACGGCGACUCAUAUAGGAGUGUUGGUCGUUUACGUGCAGCGAGCAUCCAAUAUAUACCUGGCGCCCGUCACUUUGUUGCGAACGUGCUGUGUGCAAUGAACUGCGUAGCUAUCAUGAAGGGAAUCGCUCUUUUAGUCGUCUCGCUCUGCGCGUCAAGCGUCUUAUGUCUGCAGGAGAAGGCGUCGUCACUCACGAAAGAUGACACAGCCAGCAAGCGACACGUGUUCUUCUGCUACUGGGGCAGCUGGUCGCACUACCGCAGUGGCGCCGGCAAGUUCUCAGUAGGCCAGAUCGACCCGUCACUCUGCACCCACCUGGUGUACGCCUUCGCCAAGCUGGAUAAUGGGGUUAUCGCGGCGUUCGACCCCUACCUGGACCUAAAGGACAACUACGGCCUCGGCAUGUACGAGAAGGUGAACAAACUGAAGGUCUCGCACCCGCACCUGAAGACGCUGCUGGCCAUCGGCGGCUGGAACGAAGGCUCAGAGAAGUACUCGCGCAUGGCCUCCACUCCGGAGGGGCGCCAGCGCUUCGCGCGGAGCGCGGUGGACUUCCUCGACAAGCACGGUUUCGACGGGCUCGACUUCGACUGGGAGUACCCGGCCGCCAGGGGAGGCCUGCCACAAGACAAGCAGAACUUCGUCUUGCUGCUGCAGGAGCUCCGGAACGUUCUUGGUCCCGGACGACUUCUAACAGCGGCUGUAUCUGCAGGGGAGAGCACUGUGGAUGGAGCAUACGAUGUGCCUGCGAUUACAAGGCACCUGGACUACAUUUCCGUCAUGGCGUACGACUUCUUCGGGUCUUGGAACAGUUACACUGGACACUGCUCACCGCUAGGAGUCCGCGAAAACGCCAGUGAAGAUGAGAAAAAACUCAACGUGAAGCAAGCUGUCAAGAUGUGGCUCGACAUGGGGGCGGAUCCGAACAAGCUCGUGCUAGGCAUGCCCCUUUACGGCCGCACCUUCACGCUGGCCAACCCGGAGAACAAUGGCUUCCUGGCUCCCACAGUGGGUCCCGGACCUGCCGGGCCCGCAACCGGGGAAUCAGGUUACCUCGGCUACAAUGAGAUUUGCACGCAGCUGCAGGCGUCCAAGGACUGGAAAAUAACGCGAGACGCUGGCGUGGUCGCCCCAGUAGCUGUGAAAGGAAACCUGUGGAUCGGCUUUGACGAUGCGCAAAGCCUCACAGCAAAAGUCCUAUUCGCACGCUCGCUGGGUCUUGCUGGUGCCAUGGUCUGGUCCAUUGAAACGGAUGACUUCUCAGGAACAUGCGGAGGUACGAAAAACCCCCUGCAGAGAGCUAUAAAAGAUGCACUUGAAAGUAACUCCACCAUGCCACUGCCAACCACGGUAACGAAUUUGCCAUCAACACCACCAGCAGAGCCGAAACCAGAAACAGGGUCGACUACAGGAAUGAACUUGCCAUCAACGCCGUCAACAGAGCCGAAACCAGAAACAGGGUCGACUACAGGAAUGAACUUGCCAUCAACGCCUCCAGCAACAUUGAAACCAGAAAACGAGACUGGCGUCAGUCUACUUACGACGACGGGCUUUCCUACCACAACAUCUGCAUCAGAGCCAACAUGUCCUAACGAUGGCUUCUAUGCAUAUCCAAAUGACCCACACAGAUUCUACCGGUGCGUGUCGCAACUUGAUGGCACCUACGUUAUCUAUGUCUUUGACUGUCCAGCGAACACAGUCUUCAAUCCCUCCGUCAGCGUAUGCACAUUCUAGGCAUGUAAUGUUUGUGCUCUGAACAAACCAGACUCUGGCAUAUGCUCUCUAUAGCAGGCAACUUCAUCUAAAGGUCACAUGCUAAAAAAAGAUAUCAUGCCCCUCUACACACCUUAAAUUUCCUGGUAGGAAUCAGUGUCACAGUUUGAGACAUGACACUAACUCCAAGUGGCUCAAAUGCAUGUACAGAUGUGUUCGGGUUUAUCAAAACAUCCUUAAGACAUUUGUGUUUCUCUGGUCACAGAUGCACAGAAUUAGCUAUCUACUGAAUUUUCUCAUAUAUAAGUGAGCCAGCGUCAAGACAAACUAGGUCAAGCCACGUGCAACAUGAAUGCAGAAAAAAAAAACCAAGUAAACUGUAUAGCCUUCUAUUGACAUACAAGUUGGCCUGAGAACUGAAAUAAUGUUUGUGACUAUCGCAAAUAAAAGAGAUAUUGAAGUUUUAUA